GAUAGUUCACGGCGGAAGACAUCACCCAAUCUGCUCUGUUUCGAGUCUUGUUGGAGCCGCGUAUGUUUGCCGUGACCGGGGACAGUUUGUGGGAGCGAGCUGUCUAUGUGUUUUCAGGACGACGUAGUCAUUACGUGCUCUUAAUAAGCCGUGACUUUUGAACACAGAUAGUUCAUGUGGAGCAUUUCUCCGUGUCUCGGAGUUCCUGCAGGCGGAUCGCCUUGAUCGCGCAGAGGGUCCUCUCCACGGCGGCACCCUCUGCUCCGCCUGCGCCGCCGCCGCCGCCACGGUGUUUAGAAGAUGACCGGGGAGAAGAUCCGCUCCCUGCGCAAGGACCAAAGGCCCAGCAAAGACGGGGACUUACUGGAGCCCGACGAGGAAGCUGCCACCGGGACUUUUACCGCGUCCAAGGCAAAUAACAAGAGCAGAACGAGUAAAAUCUUCAGCAACCACAAGUUAACCAGGUCAUCCUCCACUCAGCAGCAGCACAACCAGCAGUCACAGAUCAACGCCAACACUAGUCCCCUGUCCACGGCCGAUGUCAUAGACGACAACAACAAGAACCCAGUGAUCCGAGCCGCGCAGGACUAUCCCGUGCACGAGUGUGUUUUUAAGGGAGAUGUCCGGAGACUGUCUUCUCUUAUUCGUACGCAGAAUAUCGCUCAGAAAGAUGUCCAUGGAAACACGCCCUUGCAUCUUGCUGUCAUGAUGGGGCACAAAGAGUGUGCCCAUCUCCUGCUGGCCCACAAUGCACCAGUCAAAGUGAAGAACGCUCAGGGAUGGAGCCCCCUGGCUGAGGCCAUCAGCUAUGGUGACCGUCAGAUGAUCACGGCGCUGCUGAGGAAGCUGAAGCAGCAGUCCAGGGAGAGCGUGGAGGACAAGCGGCCCAAGCUGCUCACUGCUCUUAAAGAACUUGGAGACUUUUAUUUGGAGCUACAUUGGGACUUUCAAAGUUGGGUGCCUUUGCUGUCACGAAUACUGCCAUCGGAUGCAUGCAAGAUCUACAAGCAAGGAAUUAACAUCAGACUUGACACGACUCUCAUAGACUUUAGUGAUAUGAAGUGCCAACGUGGAGACCUCAGCUUCAUUUUCAAUGGCAACGCGAUCCCCUCCGAGUCUUUUGUGGUGCUGGACAAUGAACAAAAGGUUUAUCAGCGAAUACAUCAUGAGGAGUCCGAAAUGGAAACAGAGGAAGAGGUGGACAUUUUGAUGAGCAGUGACGUUUACUCUGCCACAUUGUCGACCAAGUCCAUUACAUUUUCGCGAGCACAAACCGGGUGGCUCUUUAGAGAAGACAAGACGGAACGUGUAGGAAACUUUUUGGCAGAUUUUUACUCCGUUAACGGACUGGUGCUGGAGUCCCGCAAGAGACGAGAACAUCUGAGUGAGGAGGACAUCCUGAGGAACAAAGCCAUCAUGGAGAGUCUGAGUAAAGGAGGAAACCUCAUCGAGCAGAACUUUGAGCCAACAAGAAGGCAAUCUUUAACCCCCCCAAUGCCCAACACUAUAUCUUGGGAGGAAUACAUCACAGCUGACAAUGGAAAAGCGCCACAUCUUGGACGAGAGCUUGUGUGUAAAGAAAGCAAGAAGAACUUUAAAGCUACAAUAGCAAUGAGUCAAGACUUCCCACUGGGCAUUGAAUCGUUGUUAAAUGUCCUGGAAGUGAUUGCACCGUUCAAGCACUUUAAUAAACUCAGGGAGUUUGUUCAGAUGAAGCUCCCUCCAGGCUUUCCAGUCAAGCUUGACAUCCCUGUUUUCCCUACAAUCACAGCCACAGUCACAUUUCAGGAGUUUCGCUACGAUGAGUUUGAGCCAUCUAUUUUUACCAUUCCCGAGGAAUACAAAGAAGACCCUAGUCGCUUUCCUGACCUUUAACUUUGGAUCAAAGUAGCAUGUAAAGAGGGCAGUUCUUUUACUUCACAAAAAUUAUAGAAAAAGACAGUGAAGCAUUAAUAAGUAUGAACAUUCUUAACCACUUGGGCCGGUGAAAUAAAAACUCAACAUUCAGUUGUGAAGAGUUGAGUUGCUCUAAAGCCCAAGCAGUCCUGUGUCUGUACCAGAGUAGCUAAGGGCAUUGAAAAUCUCUAUUUGACUGCAGUUGUGCCGUGUAAACGUUCACUGGACAAGGACGAGCAGUGAGUCGAUGCUUUGUAUGUAAGUUUAUAUGUAUUGUUCAUAAAGGGACUGUAAGUACGUGACUGUAGUCAAUCACUGAAGUGUACAAGAGGGAUUCCACUAAUACAUUGUUACAGUUCAUUUGUAGAGUUUGGCAGAAAAAAAUAACAAAAAUCUAUUUUUCAGGUUUAAAAAGAAUGGGGUUUAAUUUAAAGUUUUAUUUUAAUCUUAUGAACGUUAGUGAUUUUCCAAAGAUGUGUCGGCUCUUUCUAUGCUGACUUUUACUACUUCAAUGAAGUAGAUGCUUCAUAGAUGAGAAAUUAACUUCACAAAAUCACAUAAACUCUUUGUAUUAAAAUUGAGUUGACAGGGCAUUGCAUAGUGCCUGGACACUUCAUGAUGAACUACGGACUAUGUUUUUACAUUGUCAGUAUAUUUAGCCAAUCUUGGUCAUGCUUCAGAUCAAAGGUAACAGAACUCCACAUGUUUUAUAACAGUUCAGUCCAGCAGUGAAAACUGACCUGCAACUGCAAUACAUUUGCAGAUGUCAUUGAGGUUUGCAUCAUUCAAUUUUUGUUUGUUUUACAAAAAGUUUGGUCUGCACACAGUAUGUAAAUAUGGUACAUAUUUUGUGAGGGAUAACUUGUCUUACGUUUUAUUUUUUUGAGGGAAAAUAUGGAUUUCUAUGUAGGUUAUGUUUACUUUAAUUAGUGAGCUGUUGCUAUUUUGUACAGACUUGUAUUAUUUUCACAAUGUUUAUGUCCCUUUAUUUGAAAACUUUUACUGCGUGGGUGCAAAGUUUGUAUUUACAGUAACGUAAAAAGCACAAAGAAAUGUCAAUUUAAAAUCUAAGAUAACAUUGGUUCUACUGUGUCCUUACAUCUGCUGCUAUGGCUUUUUAGCCUCACUGUGUGGAUACAAGGUUCCUCUUCAGACGCUCCUUAUGUCUUUUUAAAACUAAAGGCACAACCACAAAGAACAAGGUAUUUAAUUACUGACAUUUGA